AUGAAGAUGAGUAGUCUUCGAAAGCAGGUCUUUACACCUCUAGCAGUUUUGCUUCUAUCGCAAGCUACUGGAACGCAAGCACAGGCGCAACCAUGGGCACAAUGUGGAGGACAAGGAUGGACUGGCUCUACGACGUGUAUCUCGGGGUGGACAUGCGUAUAUUCGAAUCCGUACUACUCUCAAUGUCUUGAGGGAUCAGGCGGACCCACAACCGCAAGCACAACUACUCGUACCACAACGCCACCGGGAGGCACGACUUCUCGCACCACGACUACAGCGGUCCAAACGACAUCGUCCGCUUCCUCGUGGUCAGGAAAUGGUAUCGGGAACACUUUCAACAACCCUGUUCUGUGGAACGAUCUCGCAGAUCUCGAAGUCAUUCGUGUCGGCGAUGUAUACUACUACUCUGCUAGUACCAUGGCCUAUUCACCUGGCGCGCCAGUUCUUCGAUCCUAUGACCUAGUAAACUGGGAAUAUAUCGGCCAUUCGGUUCCAACUUUAGACUGGUCGUCAAAAUACAACCUUGCAAAUGGAGAAAGGGCAUAUGUCAAGGGUAUAUGGGCCAGUCUCUUUGGAUACAGAAAAUCCACCGGAACGUUCUAUUGGGGUGGAUGUAUUGAAUUUGGGAAAACAUACAUGUAUACCGCCACUAACCCCACUGGGCCAUGGAGCAAGAAGUCAACAAUAAACACUUGCUAUUACGAUGCAGGGUUAUUGGUAGAUGACGACGACACAAUGUAUGUGGCAUAUGGAAGUUCAACUAUUAAUGUUGCCAGAUUGACAUCCGACGGGCUCAGCCAGGCGGAAACAAGGGCUGUUUGGACUUCUCCCUCUAGCAUUGGGUACAUCGAAGGUGCCAGGUUUUAUAAAGUAAACGGAAACUAUAUUAUCUUCCUCACAAAGCCAGCCAACGAGCAAUGGGUUCUCAAGUCGAGCAGUCCGUGGGGCCCUUAUACUGAACGGCGGCUGUUGAAAGAUAUGGCUCCACCUGUAUCUGGUGCAGGAAUCCCACACCAAGGUAGCAUGGUCUCGACCCCAUCUGGGCAAUGGUACUACAUGGCAUUCAUCGACGCUUAUCCCGGUGGAAGAAUGCCAGUUCUGGCUCCAAUCACAUGGGGCAAUGAUGGCUACCCAACAGUUAAUACUGUUAACGGGGGGUGGGGCUCUUCCUAUCCAUACCCAGUUACCAAGCGCCCACUCAAGGCUCCCUAUGGGACAGACACCUUCGCUGGAACUUCCCUGGGACCUGAAUGGGAAUGGAAUCACAACCCAGAUACAUCGAAGUACAAUGUCAAUAAUGGCUUGACAAUGUCUACCGCCACUGUGACAUCGGACUUAUACGCUGCCCGCAAUACCCUAACACACAGAAUACUAGGCCCAGUCUCUAUUGGAACAAUUGUACUUAACUACGGCAAUAUGAAGGACGGCGACCGAGCCGGCCUCGCAAUGUUCCGUGACCAGUCAGCAUGGAUCGGAAUUUCCAAGACUGGAACGGCAACUCGAAUCUCGUUUGUGACUGGAAUAAAUAUGGAUUCUAACUGGAACACAGCAUCUACGGGUUCGGAAGGAGCUGGGGCGGCGAUAUCCGGCACCAAAGUUUGGCUUCGAAUUCGCGCCGACAUUAGACCUGGGGGGACUAGAACAGCCACGUUUAGCUACUCCACCGAUGGUUCUAGCUUCAGCAAUCUCGACAGCGGAUUGGUAUUGAAAAAUGACUGGCAGUACUUCAUCGGAUAUCGAUUUGGGAUAUUCAAUUACGCCACCAAGAGCCUCGGGGGAAGUGUCAAAGUUGAUGAGUUCUCGAUGGUUUUAGCGUAA